AUGACGACGGAACAGGUCCUGCCAGUGACUCGUGAGCGUAACAUCGAGGCCCAGAGUGCCUUUGCCUCCACUCUGGUGGCCGAUGUCGAGAAAGCGCCUCACCCCAAGGAGUCUCCUUCGGACAGACCGCACACCAAUGUCUACGGAUCGACGAUCGACACCCCGACUUCCCAGGCGGGAACGGACGCGGUUUAUGCGGCCAAGGCGGCGCUCUUGAACCAAGCCUUGUUGGACAUGGGUAUGGGCCUGUACCAGUGGUUGCUCUUUGUGAUCACCAGUGUCGGAUGGUUUCUGGACAGUUUCUGGCUGAUGUCGUUCUUCAUUAUCGCCCCGUCCGCCGCCAACGAGGCGCAAUUCUUCUACUCGUACAACAAGGAGGCUUACCUGUUUAUCAGCUUGUUUGUUGGCAUCACCACCGGUGCGACGGCCUGGCCCUGGAUGUCCGACUUCCUGGGCCGCAAGUGGAUCUUCACCAGCACCGUCGUCCUCAUGGGCAUGGGAGGACUGGUGGGAGCCGGAAUGCCCGCCUUCACGGGUCUUUGUGUGGUGGGAUUCGUUGUGGGCUUUGCGGUGGCUGGAAACCAAGUUGUGGAUGCGAUGAUCCUGCUGGAGUCGGUUCCUGCCUCGCACCAGUUCUUGGUCACCAUCCAAGGUGCUUUCUGGGGACUGGGACAGCUCGUGGCGUCAGCUGUUGGCUGGGCGUUCAUCGCGGAGUACACAUGCGGCACUGGUCCCGACGAGGUCAGCACGGCGACAGCACUCUCCCACCAAUCCCGCGCCACAGGAUCCGGUAGCGGUGGCGGCGGCGGCGGCGGCAGCAGCAGCAGCUCCUGCCACUAUGUCAGCAACAAGGGAUGGCGAUACGUGUGGUGGACCUUCGGCUGCAUGACUCUGUUCUUGUACCUCUGCCGCUUCGCCUUUCCCCUCCGCGAGACGCCCAAAUAUCUGCUCUCGAAACGCCGGGACGCCGAAGCGACGCAGCUGGUCAAGGACAUGGCAGCCUACAACAAGCGGCGCACCUGGCUGGACGAGUCGUCCUUCGCGCGCAUCGACUCGACCGUGGACGCCAGCACGCCCGGGUCGCGUCGACCAUCCCGCCUCAAGGCGCUGCUGUCAUCCGCCGGCCCUCUCGGCCUUGCCGCGCUGUGCCUCCUCUGGUCCGUCACGGGGCUGACCUUUAUCCUCCACAAGACCUACAUCAGCACGUACCUCAUCACCAAGGGCGUGGCCUCGAUCACCGCCACCACCGUGACCACGGACUAUCUGUACAGCCGGUACCUGUACGUGGCCACCUGCGCCAUCCCCGGCCCGAUCAUCGCCGGCUUUCUGAUCGAGGCCAAGGGUCUCGGACGCAAGCGCACGGGGGCCGUGCUUGCGGUGCUGACGGGGCUGUUCAUGUUCCUGGCGACGGUGUCGCGAUCCCGCGACGCGCUCUUGGCGUUCGAAUGCCUCCUGUCGUUCCUGGGGGCUGCUAACCUGGCCGUGCUCACCACGUACACGGUGGAGCUGUUCGCCGCGCCCUUCCGCGGCUUCGGUCUGGGUGUGAUGGGUUUCCUGUGCGGGUUGUUCGGGCUGAUCGCGUCGGUCGUGACGACGUUCGAGAGCAGUGCUGCCGGCGGCGCGGCGGUGUGGUUCUCCGGUGCGAUCUGGGUGGUGAUGGGUGCGGCUUGGAUGGGCGUACCCGAGACCAAGGGUCGUGCUGCUGCUUAG